AUGCGUGCAUUUGUCUUCAGUGCCAUUCUGGCCGCCGCAACGGCCUCGCCUGUGAGCCAAGUACAACAGCGUCAGUCUUCUGUACCUGUUGGCACGAUCAUAUCUGCUUGCUCUGUCCCAAACACGGUUGCUCUCACCUUUGACGACGGCCCUUACAUCUACACGGAGGAGCUGCUGAACAUACUGUCUUCGAAUGGCGUGAAGGCAACAUUAUUCCUUAAUGGUCAAAACUGGGGCUCUAUCAACUCCUUUACCGGCCUUGUCCAGAGGAUGAUCAACGAUGGACAUCAAGUUGGUUCUCACACUUGGUCACACGCGGAUUUGGCCACGUUGGACGCCGCUGGAGUAACGUCCCAGAUGACCCAGCUGGAAGACGCCUUUUCCAGUAUCAUUGGCAAAAUUCCGACUUAUAUGAGACCCCCUUACUUCAGCACAAGCGGUGUUGCCUUAGAGACGCUUGGAAAUCUGGGCUACCAUGUCAUCCACGCGAACAUUGACACCUUGGACUACAACCACAAUGAUGACACCAUUGGUGUAGCUGUCCAGAACUUUGAGGAUGGCCUUAACGCAGGUGGCUCUAUCACUCUUAUGCAUGAUGUCCAUGCGCAAACAGUGCACGUUCUUGUGCAAGAGGCCAUCAACCGCAUUAAGGCCAGGGGUCUCAAUCCUGUCACUGUUGGAGAGUGCCUGGGAGACAAUGCUGCCAACUGGUACCGGGUUUCGGGAUCAACCCCGAGCCCGCCUCCAUCAACGGGUAAUCCGAGCCCGGAUGACACCUGCGGUGGCGCUAACGGCUACAGUUGCAUAAACAACCAAUGUUGUUCCCAGUGGGGAUGGUGUGGAACCACAUCAGAGUACUGCGGUGCUGGGUGCCAGAGCCCCUUCGGGCGCUGCGAUUAA